UCAGACUGGAUACGGCGGCUGCAGACAUACGGCAAGGAGCGCAGGAGAGUCUUCUUCACCGAGUUCUAUGCGGACGUAGAGCCCCCCGAUGACGGCACCACAACAACCCGUCAUAUCAUCGCCAGCAAGACUACCUGCGCUCUGGGCGUGCAGGGCCAAAGCGAAUACUACCUGCUCCUGUGGGACAAGACGUGGGCCAUGGAAUGGACGGAGCGCGACAUGGCAUCUGUCACCCCUAAUCCCUUCAUGGUCUCUAAGACCUCACCGACGGUGGACUUCUUGAUUGAGAUGACCCCUGUCUGGCCCCCAGCCCCUGGCGCCGAAGUCUCGGGCACUGACCGCAGCUGCCCCUUUGGCAUAGCCCUGGUCCGCUACGACGCCAAGAAGCACGGGCCCCUCCACGACAGCGACGCCACCGUCAGGAGACCAAUCCCUGGCCAACCUUACUACAGAGUCGACCGCACCACGAGGAUGGCCCAAUUCAACGGGGUCAACGCCGCGAUCCGGGAAUUCUUCUCGGCCGCGUGCGAGAGGGCAGCCCUGUGGGUCGCCGCCCUCCCACCCACAGUCUGGGCGCUCGUCUUCCGACGCGAGGAUCGCGACAACAAGGCCAGCGCCCUGUCGGUGCCCGCGCAAGGUGUGGCGGCGGAUCGACUGCUUGCGCAGGCUUCGGCCGCGCUGGAACGCAUGAUCGACGACCCCGACCAACCCGGCGCCAGCGGGCGAGCAUUCGAACCGCCCCUGACACCCCAGCAGGUUGGCGAGUCCCCCGGCUGCGUCUUUCAGCGACUGCUGCCUGUCCCGCGGGAGGUUGCGGCCUGCAUCGCGGACGCUUACAUGUCGUGCCUCGCCCCGCGCCCAACCCGCGGCACCCGCGGCUCCAUGGGCGCCCUGGCUGAGCAGAUCGGGAAGAACUUGACUCCGGACUGUAGCGACCUGUUCCCGCGCUUGGGUCUGCGCCUCGCGCACGAGGACAAGGUGAAGGGCAGCGCCGCCGGGGGGGUCACCCCCGUCGCUAAGUGCGCCGCAGCGUACAAAACCCCUGAAGGCGAGGUCACAACCACGGACCACGCGCACUGGCUCCAUAAGUUCCGGACUGAGAUCGCAGCCGAGGCGAAGCUCACCCUGGCCGCGCACGAGGCGGGGGCCGACCUUUGGGGCGAGAAGUUCCUCAUCAGCCUCCUGGGCGAAGCGGGUCAGACGGCCGAGCCCAUGGCUAUCAUGUCCCUGAUCCACGCCGCCCGAUGCGGGGCCAGAGUUGUCUUCUUCGGCGACGAACGGCAGCUAUGCCCAACGGUCAAGUCCCAGCAG